AUGCAUCCCAGUAGGCAGACGGUACUGAUGGCGCAGGCUCGUCAAGCGGCUACGUUUGACUCUAUGCUCUUGACGCACAUCAUCUAUGACGGAGAGGAGAACGUUUCCUCCCGCCGUGCAGCCCUCGCUCGCGUCGAAUCGACCCUGGGCAUAACCGACAACAUGAAGCUUCCCCACCUCCACACUGGCCUCGACCGGAGGGAGCAAUACCUGGAGGGCCUGCGCCGCGGCCGGGCCAUCGUCACCGACAUGUUACAGCACGACCACACCCACUUCGUCAACCUGACCGAGCGCAGCCAACUCGCCAACGCCACACCAUUCGGCCUGAACUUCCUCAUGUUCCGCCGCACAAUCAAUCUCCAGGGCACCGCUGAACAGAAACGGUACUGGCUGCCGUUGAUCGAUCGCAUGGAGAUCAACGGUUGCUACGCGCAGACGGAGCUGGGACACGGCAGCCACGUCCGUGGCAUGGAGACCACGGCGACCUUCGACUCAGCCACGGGAGAAUUCAUCCUCAAUUCUCCGACGGUAACCGCGACGAAGUUCUGGCCCGGGGGCCUGGGAAUCAGCUGCUCGCACGCAGUAGUUGCAGCCAGACUGGAGACCAGGGGAGUGGACCAUGGCGUGCAUUGGUUUGUCGUCCAGAUUCGCAAUCUUUCUGACUUCACCCCCCUAAAGGGAGUGACGCUGGGAGAUGUAGGCCAGAAGAUGGCGUAUAACGGUACGUGCAAUGGCUAUGCCCACUUCAAUGACCUGCGUGUCCCAAGAAGUAGUCUGCUGGCGGCGCAUGCACGGGUGCUACCAGACGGGGCAUAUGUGCGAAACGAGGCAGGAUCUCAGGAAACCUUUGCGAAACAGAGUUAUGCGACAAUGCUGGAGGUGCGGCGGGUGGUGAUCCAUUGGGCGGCGUUCGGGUUGGCGCAGCCUCUGACCGUCGCGACGCGGUAUGCAGUGGUGCGCGAGCAGGGCGCUCCCACGUUCUCCUCAUCUACCUGCCCCGAAGUCUCCAUUCUCGCCUACAAGUCGCAGCAUCAACGGUUAUUGUCGCUCAUCUCUCAGGCGUAUGCUAUCCUGUUUGCCUCGAAGGAGUUUGACGACCGGUUCGAAGAGUAUCAGCAGGAGAAGAGAGAAGGGAAGCUCGGUCGCUUAUCCUUUAUCCAUGCUGUGAGCGCCGGGCUGAAAGCCUGGGCCACACAGGCUGUUGCUGCGGGCGCGGAAGAGGCGCGCAAGAUGUGUGGAGGACAUGGAUACCUCGUAAUCUCAGGGCUACCGGAUAUGGUGGCAACGGCGUGUGCAGCGGCGACCUUCGAGGGGGAGAAUUAUGUCAUGUGGCAGCAAACGUUGCGCUACAUGUUCAAGCAGGUUGGCGCUAUUCAAGCAGGAAGGACGGUGGACUCCGACAUGAUUGAGUCUCUCUCGGGAUACCAGCAAUGGCUGCAGGUUGAAAGAGAGAAAUUCCCACCAUCAUACCUUUUACUUGACAGUAAUCACAUUUCAGAGCCAGCAUCCCUGUUGAAGAUCUUCCAACACCAUUUCCACCGACUCCUAUCCACAGCACACUCCUUUUACACACAGCAAGCCCGCACGUCGUCCCCAGCUGAAGCAUGGAACACAUCUCUCACACGGCUUCUGCCCGCUGCACACGCGUACAUAGAGUACCUUGUGCUGGAGUCCAUGCAGCGCCGUGUGGCUGCCAUCGGGAGAACGCAGCCGAGCCUAUUCCCCGUUCUCUCACGCCUCACGGAGCUAUUCGCUCUGACAACCAUCACCAACCCAGGCCCAUCAUUCACCUCUAUCCCGUUCGCCGAAGACCGACUUUUGACUACCGACCACUUCCUGCAGAUGCGUGCGCGCAUCGACGAACUUCUGGGGGCACUGCUGCCUGAUAACACCGCUCUGACCGAUGCCUGGGACUUCACAGAUGCGAGUCUUUGUAGCGCGCUCGGAUGUCGUGAUGGGAAUGUGUAUGAAAGGUUGAUGAGCUGGACCAAACAAUUACCGGUGAACCAGCAGGAUCUGGCGAGGCAGGCAUGGACGAUUGACGGCGGGAUCGGGGAGUUCCUUCGAGGAGAUAUGAAACCGGCAGCCAAAGCUAGACUGUAA